GCUUCCGCGUUUCUAUGGUACUGACUUCCGCCGCGAGCCAAACCGCGCGAUACUUCGGCGGCGCAGCAAUGGCGAGAUCAUGCCGCGUCACUGCUCCGCCGCCGGCUGCUGCACACGAGACACGCGCGAGACGCGCAACCGCGGCAUCUCUUUCCACAGGCUCCCCAAAAAGGACAAUCCAAGGCGGGGCUUGUGGUUGGCCAACUGCCAGCGGCUGGACCCCAGCGGCCAGGGCCUGUGGGACCCGGCGUCCGAGUACAUCUACUUCUGCUCCAAGCACUUCGAGGAGAACUGCUUUGAACUGGUGGGAAUCAGUGGGUAUCACAGGCUGAAGGAGGGAGCAGUUCCGACGAUAUUUGAGUCUUUUUCCAAGUUGCGUCGAACAACCAAGACCAAGGGGCACAGUUACCCCCCUGGCCCCCCUGACGUCAGCCGGCUCCGGCGAUGCAGGAAGCGCUGCUCUGAGGGCCGAGGGCCCACAACUCCAUUUUGCCCACCUCCACCUGCUGACAUCACCUGCUUUCCUGUGGAAGAGGCCUCAGCACCUGCCGCCUUGCCUGCCUCCCCCACCGGGAGGCUGGAGCCUGGCCUCAGCAGCCCCUUCUCAGACCUCCUGGGGCCCCUGGGUGCCCAGGCAGAUGAAGCAGGCUGCAGCACCCAGCCUUCACCUGAGCGGGAGCCAGAGCGACAGCCGUCCCCGCUGGAGCCGAGGCCCGUCUCACCCUCGGCCUACAUGCUGCGCCUCCCGCCGCCCGCCGGAGCCUACAUCCAGAAUGAGCACAGCUACCAGGUGGGCAGUGCCCUGCUCUGGAAGCGGCGGGCUGAGGCUGCACUCGAUGCCCUGGACAAGGCCCAGCGCCAGCUGCAGGCCUGCAAGCGGCGGGAGCAGCGGCUGCGGCUGCGGCUGACCAAGCUGCAGCAGGAGCGGGCACGGGAAAAGCGGGCACAGGCCGAUGCCCGCCAGACUCUGAAGGAGCACGUGCAGGACUUUGCCAUGCAGCUGAGUAGCAGCAUGGCCUGAGUGAGGUCCGCCCGGUAGGGCUUCAGCCUCUUUCUCCCUCAGUAUCCACCUGGAGAGGAUCUGAUCUGAGCUGCGUCCAACAGCCCUGCCAGAUGCCAUAAUAAAGUGGAUUCUACAAAGAA